AGAAAAAAAAAAGAAAAAAAAGCUCCCCACUCCCUGUUUCGUGUUCCGGAGCUUCGGCCACGGCUCCCCGCCAUUGUUGUCCUGCUCCUUUGUGUCCGCCGCUCGCCUCUUCUCCUCCACCUACUCAUGUCUCGCUUGCCUCUGCUGUUUGCGGCCAUCCUCGCCCUGUUGGCCACCGUGGUCUCGGCCGCCUUCGACCCCCUCUGCCCCGGGACCACGUCGACCCUCGUGCAAAAGCGCUUCGACUUCGUCCGUAACUGUCUGUACGACAAGGCGGCCAUUUGCAACUCCACCUGCCAGAAUCUGCUGGUGGACACCCUUGGCUGCACCUACAGUCGCAACACCUGCACCAUCAACCUCAUGAACUACAAGCUCCUGUGCCAGCGCUCUCCCUUCGGGACGAGCCUGCUGGACGACGUGCAAAUCUGCACCACCCCCUCCUUCAAGAUCGGCUUUGAUUUGCUGUUCGACUUUGACUUCGGGGUGCCCUUCAACUUCCCGGAUCUGGCUCCCCUGGACUGCACCGAUCCGCUGCUCCAGCAGGCCAAGUCCCUCUGCUCGAACGAUGGCUCCCCGCGCUUUUGCUCGCGUGCCUGUGCAUCCAUCUUCCUGGCUUCUGGUCAGUGCUCCGGUCUGAGCUGCACCAGCUCCCUCCCCCUGGAUUCCUGCAGGUCCCGGUUGCCGAGCUACAUCGGCGGCUCGGGCGACGACAUUUGCCCGUGAGACAGGCUGACCAUGGGCGUCGAGGUGUCGCCUGGGGUCUCUCCUGUUCCCCCCCCCCCCCCCCUCUCUGCCC